GAGCGCGACAACCUGGUCUACCUGGCCAAGCUCGCCGAGCAGGCCGAGCGUUUCGACGAGAUGGCGGGGCGCCGCGCCGCAUCGCCCCCCGCCCCCGCGGACGCCCGCCAGCUGUCCGUCGAGGAGCGGAACCUGCUGUCCGUCGCGUACAAGAACGUCAUCGGGUCCCGCCGCGCGUCCUGGCGCGUCAUCUCCUCCAUCGAGCAGAAGUCCGACAGCGAGAAGACGGCGCUCAUCACCAACUACAAGCGCAAGAUCGAGACGGAGCUCGAGAACAUCUGCGACGACAUUUUGCAGAUCAUCGGCGACGUGCUCAUCCCCAACUCCGUCGGCGACGAGGGCAAGGUCUUCUACUACAAGAUGAAGGGCGACUACCACCGCUACCUCGCCGAGUUCCAGGCGCCCGACCGACGGAAGACGUCGUCCUCCGAGGCGCUCGAGUCGUACCAGAACGCGUCGCAGAUCGCGAACAAGGACCUGCCCCCGACGCACCCCAUCCGCCUCGGCCUCGCCCUCAACUUCUCCGUCUUCUACUACGAGAUCCUCAACUCGCCGGACCGCGCGUGCCACAUCGCGAAGCAGGCCUUCGACGACGCGAUCGCCGAGCUCGACACGCUCUCCGAGGAGUCCUACAAGGACUCGACGCUCAUCAUGCAGCUCCUCCGCGACAACCUCACGCUCUGGACCUCCGACAACGCCGAGACGGCCCACGACGCGACGGGCGACGGCACGCAGGUCGAGGACGUAUAG